UUUAAAAAUGAAUUUAUAUUUAAAUAAUAAACUCUCGUGUAAAAGUUUUAUCAUUUACACAAUCCUUUGCGUUUUUGGUGCAUGUAUUGCUGUGUUAAAUGCCGAAGAAACAUCUAACCUCAAACAUGAAAAUGUCACAUUGGACAAUAAGACUAUUACGCUGCAAAAUAUUACGCAGACAUAUUUGAAUAGCAGUACGUUAUUACAAACACGUGCAUCUGAAAAAUCCGUCACUAACAAUGUGAAUAUAAGCAUCUCUGAACCAAAUAUCACAGAUACUAAAUUUCAAAUUAUAUCUACAAGUACAGUUCGAUUGGAUCACGACAUUAAUAAUGAAACUACCGAAAAAGUUAAUACUGUUACAAUAAAUAAUACCAUUGACAAAAAUGGGAGUACUGUACCAGAUUUUGUGGUUUCAUCACAAAGUCCAGAUAUUAGCAAUGCAACAAAUGCAAGUACUACAACUAUUACUCCAGCAGAACCAGUAUUGCCCGAUAAGGGAUCUGCGGAAGAAGAACACAAUAGUUCUAUGUCUAUAUUUUUUGUUCUCUGUGUAUUAGCCUUAGGCAUUUUACUUAUACACUUGAUGCUACAAACAAAUUUCCAAUAUCUACCUGAAUCUGUAGUAAUUGUUUUCUUAGGAGGAGCCAUUGGCAUGAUUAUAAAUCUUAUGUCAAAUCAGAAUAUAGCUAAUUGGAGAAAAGAAGAAGCAUUUUCUCCAACUGCAUUUUUCCUUGUACUUCUACCACCCAUCAUAUUUGAAUCAGGAUAUAACUUGCACAAAGGAAAUUUUUUUCAGAACAUUGGCAGUAUCUUAGUUUUUGCUAUUUUUGGUACAGCAAUAUCAGCAUUUGUUAUUGGUGCUGGAAUAUAUCUAUUAGGAUUAGCUCAAGUAGCAUAUAAACUUAGUUUUGUUGAAAGUUUUGCAUUUGGAUCUUUAAUAUCUGCAGUAGAUCCUGUUGCUACUGUAGCUAUAUUUCAUGCCUUAGAUGUAGAUCCAGUAUUAAAUAUGUUAGUUUUUGGAGAAUCUAUCUUAAAUGAUGCAAUUUCUAUUGUAUUAACCACUUCUGUAUUAGAAUCUAAUAAUGCGUCAACUACUAGCGAAGCCAUUAUUCUUGGCUUAAAUAGAUUUUGUCUCAUGUUCUUUGCUUCUGCGGGCAUUGGAGUUGUUUUUGCUCUUAUAAGUGCAUUGUUACUCAAACAUGUGGACCUUAGAAAAAAUCCUUCUCUUGAGUUUGGACUUAUGUUGGUAUUUACCUAUGCACCAUAUGUAUUAGCAGAAGGCAUCCAAUUAUCUGGUAUUAUGGCAAUUUUAUUUAACGGGAUCGUAAUGUCGCAUUAUACUCAUUUUAACUUAUCAACUGUGACUCAAAUUACAAUGCAACAGACCAUGAGAACACUGGCAUUUAUUGCUGAAACUUGUGUGUUUGCUUAUUUGGGUCUAGCUUUGUUCAGCUUUAGACAUCGAGUUGAACCUGCGUUAGUUGUAUGGUCCAUAAUCCUCUGUCUCAUUGGUAGAGCUGCAAACAUCUUUCCUUUAGCUCUCCUUGUUAAUCGUUUUCGAGAGCAUCAGAUUACUAGGAAAAUGAUGUUUAUAAUGUGGUUUAGUGGUUUGCGAGGUGCUAUUUCUUAUGCUUUGUCACUUCACUUGGAUUUCAGUGAUGAAACCCGACAUGUGAUUAUCACAACUACAUUAAUUAUUGUGUUAUUUACAACAUUAAUUUUUGGUGGUUCAACCAUGCCGCUGUUAAAGUUUUUGAGAGCUGAGAAGAAGCAAAAGAGUAACAGUAGAAGAAAGAGAAAGGAUAAAGAAGUGUCUUUGAGUAAAACUAGAGAAUGGGGCCAAACAAUAGAUUCUGAGCAUCUAUCAGAACUUACAGAAGAAGAAAUUGAAGUAUCGUUCCUUCAAUCACGAAUUCGUGGUUUUGCAAGAUGGGAUUUAAAGUUCUUUAUUCCUUUCUUUACAAGAAGGUUUACCCAACAAGAACUGAAAGAUUGUAAAUCACAAAUGACAGAUCUAACAAAUCAAUGGUAUCAAGCUAUUCGAAUAAGUCCUAUGGAAUCAGAUGAUGACGUAACUACUGCAUCAACAGCGCAAUUAAAUAUAAAUUUAUCUGGGGAAAGUAGAACUCAGAUUCAUGGAAAACAAAACAAAGGACGUCCAAGUCAUGGGGGGGUUGAGGAUUGGUCUGAUUAUUAAUUGAAUCCGUAGAUCAAAACGUAAGUGUUGCAUAAAACGACUAUAUUACAUAUAGAAGUUAGCCCGCACGGCAUUAGUACUUUAUAACGCGAAGUGCUUUUUGAUUUAGUAUUAUUUUGUUUAAAUAAUUUGUAAGAAACGACCUUCUUCUUCUGAAGACAAAGACAAAAGUGUGUAACUUGUUUAAAUCAUAUCAAUUAUAAUUUAAAGAAAAUGAAGGUAAUUACAUAACAUCAAAAUGAAAAGUAACUAGAACGGAACGCCUCUGUCCAUGCUCUUUUAAAAGUAUUCUAAAUAUGUACAAUAAUAUCAAUGAUACGCACAUAGACAAUAAGAACAUAUAGUUUGUAUAAUAAAUGAUUAAUUUCAAAAGGAAAAGAUUUUUUUGCCAAAUCUGAAAGUAAUGAUAAAUGCAAGAAGGGAAAAAGAAAAUACACGUUGUUUCAUUUUAGUGUGAAUUUAUUUUCGAUAUAUACCGAUCUCAGGAGGUGGGUAAGUGGGUCUGUUAUCUUAUUUUUCUGCGGCAGAGCACAUAACGGAGGCAGCGUCUAAAACAUCAAAUCCGUUUAUUUGUUCGACUCGUUAUCGCUACUUUUAUUAUGUCCUACGUUCUCCUUUUAUGCCUCGUUUGAUCGUACAUCGAGUGACUGGAGCACGAGGCACGCUUUUUAUUUAUAAAUUACAAUGUCUUGUAAGUUUUCUAGUUUGAAACUUACAAAACUGAAUUCGAAAUUUUCUUUACAAGGGGGUGGGGUCACUUAUCUCUUGUAUCCGUCACUUUUUAAGUAAAAGCAUAACUUUUUCGUUACUGAUAGUUGCAAUUUAAAUUCUAUCUUUUAGUCAAACACUAAUAUACCGAAGAACGUUAUUUACUCUUUUUACUACUAUUGAAGUAUUGUCUAUAAGCACAUUAGAACACACUUGCCUCCCGUUCAUCGAUGCUCCAGUCAAUUUAAGUUACAUAUUAUCCUCUACGCGAAUGGUCAUUUGCGCAUUGGAUUGCCGUCCAAUAAACUCCUAAAAAUCAUCACGUAUUAAGAGCGCCUAGACGCGCUCUCGUCGACAAUAGUUAUAUUGUUAUUAAUGCUCAGUACGGUACAUGGUGUGUAUAUGUACAACAUCGAGCAAUCGGCUAAGCAUGCAGAGUUAAAUGAUCGCUAUAACGCUACGACCAGUAUGUGUGACUAUGUACCAAUCAAUAAGAUUAGAUUAAACAUCCAA